AUCUGUAAAAUAGAAAGAUGUCUUCAACUUGUCCCGAAACAGGACAGCAAGUUCCGACCAGUGAUCUGUUGAAGGAAGCACAAGACCUGGAGGCCAGUUUAUUUAGUCUAGAAUCCAUCUUGGAUGAGUUCUACAGUCCCUGCUGCACGAACGAUAGACGAAAACAAAUCGAUGAUGUUCUUUCGAGGUUUUUCCAACAACAAACAUGCCUUCAACAAGCUUUAUUUUUCCUUGGCAAUUCAAAUCAAGAUUACACACGGACUUUUGCAAUCAACAUUCUUCAAGCAUGUGUAUGUUAUAAUUGGCCUCGUUAUAACGAAGCUCAAAAAAGUGAUUUGAAGUUCGCAGUGAGAAGAUUUCUGUUUGAAAACGCACAGUCGUCUCAGUACUACGUGCUGAAUAAAUUAUGCAAAUUAAUUGCGGAUAUUGCACGUUGUGAGUGGCCGGAAAAAGAUCCGGAGUACUUCAAUUACAUCAUGGGUUUCAUAAGUCAUCAAGAGACGCAACUGGCUGGGUUGACGCUCCUAAGAGCUACAUUCGAGGAAUUUAUUACUCCAAAGGAAACAAUGAGUGUAGCCAGACGCGCUUUGCUGGCUAAAUUUCUACUGGAAUCAGUUCCGAAUGUGCUGCAAUUUUUGGUGCAAUUAAUGAGUACGUUGCACCAGUCUCGUGAUAAGAAAUACGAGAAGAGUCUCAUCUCGGAGUGUCUACAGACUCUAACACAGAUGCUCACUUGGAUUCCCCUGGCCAACAAUCUGAAUAACCAACUAGUCAUGAUUCUACUUGGAUACUGCCAGAUUCCAUCCUGUGCUGCCAAUGGACAAAAUUACCAACCAGGUGACGACAGUCUAAGUUUACUCGCUAUGGACUGCCUAAACGAAAUCAUGGCCAAAAAGUGUGUCCCUAAAGACACUCAGUCAUUUCUGGUCACGAUAUUCCACCACUCGAUGAGCAUGAUAGACAUCAACAACUCAUACCCGGAAUCGUUUCUGUCCAAACUGGUGUUCUUUCUUCAACUCUUGGCUUCGUCUCAGUUUGCGAGAUUCGAGGCACUGGAGGGGUUCCCAAUGGAGCAUUUCUUGACUCAGUUGUUGAGUUUUACGUUCAGACAGGAUAUUUCGGAGAUCUAUCUGUCGUGUUUGGAAGUGUGGAGUGCUAUUUUGGAGCACCUCAAAUCGACUGUGGAUAAGAGGGAACCAAAUGGCGAGAUAGAUGUUCUGUACAGAGCUACAGUGAAAGAGUUAUGCAGCAAAAUCCUUUCGAAAGUGACCUUUGCCGCUAAUCAGACUUUCUUGGAUGAAAUUGACGACGAAACUCUAGAUGAUGACAAAGAAACAGACUACGAAAAGUUCCAGAGAAUCAACCUGGAACUGAUUGCUCUUUCCAGUGAUCUAUACGCACCUGAGAUCUUAUCUGCCGUGAAUUUUCUCUUUUCAAGUUUGCUGCAAGAUUUCAAAACUAUUGUUACGUGUAUCCACAAAGGUGAUGAAAACGUAACGUAUCAACUUCUCAUUAAAGGCGAAUAUGACAAUUUGAGAUUGCAUUGUAAAGUAAGAGAUCUGGCGACUAUUUGUAGACUUAUAGGAAUGAUAAACGGAACUUUCUUCUCAUCAAUGCAAGUAUCCGAUUCCUCCGACGAGUGUUUGCCGAGAAAGUAUCUCUCGGGUUUGGUUUUUAUAUGCAAAACGAAUCUACAGUUCUCGCUUUACAAAAUUGAAGGAGCAGGACUCUCUGAAACUCUUCAUAGUGAUUUUUCGAACCUUCUGGCCUUAAGCUUGGGUGCGAAACAGUUAAUGAUUAACUGGCUAUCUGCAUUUCUAGGACAAGUUGUCAAGCUGGAAAAUAACGAAGCCUUAGAAGAGAUUCAAAACAUUACGAAUGAAUGUUUCGAAAUGGCUCAUGAAAUAAUCGAAACUUUUGACUCAAGUAAAGCGGUAUUUAGUCGUCUGCUUUCCCAAAUUGUGUUUUCACAUGCUUCAACUGUGAAGGCGAUUUUCCUCCUUAAACUGCCAAGUUUCUAUAACCUCAUCAAAUCGACAUUGAGUUCAAAUUUCUCUCUGCUGCCCUUAGACGUGCAAUGCAAGUUCGCCCAAUCAGUUUGCUGUGGUAUUAUAGCAUCCUGGGCUUACAGUAAAAAUCUAUCAACUGAUUUUUCUAACUGGGAAUCAAGAGUUCCAAUUUUAUCCUCGUGGAUCUCAGAACUGUUCGGAAAUUUUCACAUGCUGGCCCAAAAACAAACAUUGUCAGCUCCUGAACUGAAAGAAAUAGAACGUGGGCUUGCGCUGUUUACAUCUAUUUUGAUGUGUUUGCCAGGAGAAGUUAAAAGAACAAGGGAAAUAUGUCUGGAACAUUUGCACCCUCUGAUAGAAGAUGUACUAGUGCUGUCCUCGAACCAUUUUUCGAAUCCGGCUUUGUGCGGUCAAAUCCUAGACGGCUAUCAUUCGAUACUUGAAUGCCUGAAGUCUCAAUUGGGACCCGAUAAAAUUUCUCUGAUAAUUAACAGUCUGAUAAACCAGCUUACACCUGAAAAGGUCCAACAGAUUUUCUGCAGAAAAUCUUCGGAUUUGGAAAUUGAAAUCAUCUCGAAGUUCGUGAAAACUUUAAUGCGCAUAGCGGAAGAACCUUCGAAAAAAUUCAUGGUAUUUUUACCUGGGAUUAUAACUUUUGUAUGUGAGACGAUUGCCCCUCUGAUUAAUCAGGAGAAUUACUACUCGCCUGACUGUAUAACAAGUAUGCUUGAUCUUCUGUUCCAAAUCCUGAAAGUUCAUUGGUCAAAAUUCUUCGAUGAAUCGGAAGGUUCUGUAACACGUGAUCAUUUUGUGUCUCUUGUCCAGAUUUUUGGCCAGUGUUUGCUAUUUCCGGAUAUAAAUGUUUACAAGCAUGCUAUAAACGCCCUUCAACGCUUGAAUGAAGUGUUUCAACUUUACAAUAAUGAAAUAUUCAGAACUAAAUUACGGGAUUCGUUCCUAAUGUUGUUAAUGACCCAAUUACUAGAAAGAAACCAGUUACUUAACGAAGAGGAAACGUUGCAAGGUGUUCAUUCCCUAGCCUUAGUUGAUUUCUCGAACUUUCGAGGGUUUCUUUUGCAAUUUUUUGUCUCCAAAUGUCAAGAUGUCCCUCAAAAUGAGAUCGAACAACGGAUGUGUAGCUUCGCGUCAGAUACUGAUUUGCCAACAUUUUCGAGUUCGUUGAGUCAACUGACAGCUGAAAUGAAUUAUAUGAAAUCGUUGUAUGCGCCAACAGAUCCGACGGCUAUAAACUUCACCAAUUUAACGCAGUGAAGUUUUGAUGUUAUUCUGAAGUAGUGAAAAAAUGAAUGUCAAUUAUGAUCAAGUUAACAUAUUCUCAAGAACAAAGUAGCUAUCUUCCAAAAAAAUGAAGUGAGAAUGAAUUUUAGUUUUGGCUAGAAUAAAAAGCGAAUGCGAAGCGAAAGCGUACCAUAUCCUUUUUUUGUUCCUUUAUGUUUUCGUA